GGAGAAAGAGAGAGGAGGGCAGAGAGACUGAGAUUGCGUGUCCGUGUGCGUGAGUGUGUGUGAGAGAGAAGAGAGUGCGAGUCUGUCGGUGGUGCUGGGAAUCGGACGACAUGAGCUCUACAUGAGUCGUGUAAAAAAAUGCUUUAAGACGCUCUCGGCGUUUGCGUUUGACCCCUCCGAACCGAGGACGAGCCUGAAGCGGAGCCGUGCGCAUUGAAGAUCCACCGCGACCAGGUGCAGCACUCUCUUAAGCCUGCAGAGGCAGAAUGCCGGAGCAGAGCAACGACUACCGUGUGGUGGUGUUCGGCGCGGGAGGCGUGGGGAAGAGCUCCCUGGUCCUGCGCUUUGUUAAGGGCACGUUCAGGGACACCUACAUCCCCACGGUGGAGGACACCUACCGGCAAGUGAUCAGCUGCGAUAAAAGCGUGUGCACCCUGCAGAUCACAGACACCACGGGCAGCCACCAGUUCCCAGCCAUGCAGCGCCUCUCCAUCUCCAAGGGCCACGCCUUCAUCCUGGUCUACUCCAUCACAAGCAAACAGUCUCUGGAGGAGCUGAAACCCAUUUAUCAGCAGAUUCUGGCCAUAAAAAGCAAUGUCGAGGCCAUCCCCAUCAUGCUGGUGGGAAACAAGAGCGAUGAGACCCAUCGUGAGGUGGAGACCAAGGACGGGGAGGACCAGGCCAACCGCUGGAAGUGCGCCUUCAUGGAGACGUCGGCCAAGACCAACCACAACGUCACGGAGCUCUUCCAGGAGCUGCUCAACCUGGACAAGAAGAGGAACAUGAGCCUGAACAUCGAUGGCAAGCGCUCCGGGAAGCAGUCCCGCGCAGAGAGACUGAAGGGCAAAUGCAGCGUGAUGUAGAUCGAGAAAGAGGAGACGGAAGGAGAGGAGAAGAGAAGAGAGAGGGAAGAGAGGGGAGGAUAUGCUGAUCGGUAGGGAUAAAUGAGAAGGACAGGACAAAGGAGAGACUCUCUGUUUAUCCAAUCAAAGCAAAAAUGUUGCGAUGGCAAUGGGAAUCUUAUUAUCCACAUCCUCCAUUUGUUUGAGUUGGGAUUUCAGAACCACAGCAGCGCACCGGAAAGAAGCAGCUCAGAAGUGUUUGUCUAAGUGGGCGGAGGUGAGACGGCGGCGCAGCGUCCAGGAACCGUGGAGAAGAAGACGAGCGAGAAAUGGAAUCGUGGAGGCUGCGGAGAUUUGCUUGCAUCAAAACAUCGGAGCCAUCGUCGCAGUAGAAUAAAGGUCCUCGAUGAGUUCAAAUCAUUUAUCUUUUCAUCUGGCCUCUUCAUGUGUGCUUCUCCAUCUCCCACUAUCCCAACAUCUUUAGAAAUAACCGGCUUUUACUUUCUUCAAGAUCAGUCAUCUGCUGAAAUCGGUCCAUUAUGCUAAUAACUGCGGGAAUCACACAUCUGAGACUGCCAGCAUGAGCAGCACUCAGCCGGACAUACAACCCAGCAGGUCCCGGAGCCACAGCACUGGACUCCGGUGUACAUAACCACGGGGGGGGUGUAAAUAUCUUCCAUCUAGCCUAAACAUCUUUAGCCUCAACUAAUCACUCAGUCACAGGAGAGGAGCAACUCAAGUCUGAUAGCGUUAACAAUUCACCUCAUCGUUCCUCCUCGGAGAUGGAGAGGGGAAAAAAAAGAUUCAUUUCUCUUCUGGUCUUGUAAAAAACAAAAAAACAACUUAGCAACAAAACCUCCGAGAAUCAUCACCGUAAGUGAGGAGGUAUCCAGCUUGUACACUGAUACACGCAACAAUCCUUUUAAAACGUUCAUAAAGCAUAGAAUAACCGAAGAGGAGGAAGGCGAACCGCAGGACGAAGAAGGAGAAACGAGGCUGCCUUGUUUUACCAGGAUGGAUAAUCAAUGCCAAGAUGGAGAGACGAAUGGAAGAGGUCAAGAAUAUCAGCUCGCUUUGACACUUUCCAUGUGAAAGUUUCUCUUUAUGCCUUUUUAUCCUAUCCUGUUUGCUUUGUAAUGAUCUUUAAGAAUCACGCUAGAUGGGAAGGAAAUCCUUAAAUUUAAAGCAGAGUGAAGGAGGGAGAAAAACAGGAGGCUAAAAGAAAACACGGUCCAUUUGGAGAACUGCUAGUCCUGUUUCUAUUUUGCUGGUUUGAUUAUAAAUACACAGCAGACAGAUUUGAACCUCUGGUAAAGAUAUGGUAAAAGACUUGAAGUAAAAGCAGAAUUAAGGUGUGGGGACUAAGAUGUUGUGUCUGUGGAAACAUUCCUGACUUGAUUUGACCUAAUGUUGUGAAUCCUUAUCCUGUCAAAAGUCUUGGGAAAUCUGAUUUUCUGAUUUUACUGGAAGAUGCCACAUUUUUAUAAAAAAAAAAACAACUCAAAGAAUUUCAUAGUUCGUAUAUUCUUACAGGUUGUGCAGGGAAGAGGAACAAGCCCACAGGAUCACAACUCCUCUGUCAUAUUCGUCUUCUGUUUCAGGAUUGAUGAGACAUUUUUGUUCAUUUUCUCACCUGAUCAAUGAACCAAAUGGUCCAAACACAGUUUAGCAGCCGCCAUGUGUUCAUGACGUCAUGGAGGUUUGGUGACCUUAAAGUGCCCCAGAUCCAGUUUGUUUUAGAAGAUUUUACAGAUUCCUCAGUCUGUAGAUUUAGAGAUGUUGCUAUUUUCCAGCAUCAUUUGCUAAAAUCUUCUCUUACCUUUGAAAGAAACUGGCCUCUGAGACAGGAAGUCGUCGAUUACUAGCUAAUUUGACAAAAUGUACAUUUUUUACCACCUGCACUGUAGUGUAGGUUUGGAACGGCAGAAGCAUUGUUCUUUCUAAAGAGUUACCAAAAAAAAAAGUAAAGAGAGCAUUUGUAAAAAUCAAUUUAAUCAGAUUAGCUACUGGAAUAAAAGAUGAAUUUAUUCUAAGGCUCUUUACAUAUCUUUACCAGAGAUUUGUCUGCCAUUUGUGCAUCGUCAUCCAUUUAUCCACAAACAGGAAGCAGGAGACGGGAUAAACACACACGCAUGUCGUCAGUAGAGCGAAAACAUGCAUAUAGCUCCGACAGUCACUGUUUACUAACUACAUGGAGACAAAUAGGACUCAUUCCGCUUAAAUCCCCUCAUAUUGCACUUUAUAUCACACACACAUUUAAUUUCCCAUGUUGUACCACCUAAUAGCUCCACUGUAAGUCCAAAGUGCAUAAGACAGAAAUACACACACACACACACACACACACACACACACACACACACACACACACACACACACACACACACACACACACACACACACACACACACACACACACACACCCUUUUCAUGCAGGAGCUCUUAAUGUUGUACACAGGACAGCCAAAAGCACAAUACUUUUUACCAACAUAUUUUUAUGUGCAUUUUUUAUUUAUUUAUUUUGUUUCUAAGUAUCUUUUGUAUACUUUGUGUAAUGUCAUCAAUGGUUGCUCUCAGUCCCAUUGUCUUAUUUCUCCGGUACAUUAGCACAACGAAGUCGUGGUUCUGCUGAGCAACAGGGUAUCGGCUGGCUGUGUUUGCAGAGCGUAAUCUGAGCUGGGCGAGCCACAUCAAUUGUUCACUUUCUCUCCAUUUUCUCAGGUUGGGCUCUUAGCAACAAUUAGAGUGGAGGAUAAUCUGCUUGUGUACUUUUUAAACCCAAAGACAAAGAUGAGAACCCAUUUUAACUGUGUUCCCUCCUCUGUGGAGAGAAGCAAAACAACAAAAACGACAACAACAAAAAAGCACAGCAACUGUUCCUCGUCCUUCUCCACCUCUUGUGUUUGUGUGCAGCGUUAUCAAAGAUCGGGGCAUUUUAGGGGAACAUUUUACUUGAAGACCUGCUCAUUUGAGUGAAAUGACCCAAAACAUGCUCCGGAUGCGUAGCUGUAAUCAACACGCGUUACCCUAGAGGACUGAAAAGCUCUUCAAGUAAGAUGUUACCCGUGCAAAGAGAUGCUUUAACACUGUCUUUCUGGAAGGAGACUCUUUGUAAGCAGGAAGUGCGGUUACUGUAGUUGCUAUGUACUGUAAUUUUCCAUCCAAUAAUAUUGCUCAUCAUAUCAUCUUGCUAUUGAUGCAUCAGCUCUUCAGAUUUUAUCAGUUAGAUCCAAAUGUGAAUAUGUAACUAAAGAUUUCACUUCAUAGCUAUUACUACUACUUAUUAUUAUUAUUAUUGUUUUUUUCUGAAUGUAUUUGUUGUUAUUGCUGUGUUGUACUUUGCACUAAUGUGAGGUCCUCUGAAACUCCACAGUUACCUUUUAAACGUACCCUUUACAUGUUAGAGGCCAGGGAUGCUUUAUUGAUUUUUUUUAAAAACACAUAUAUUUAAAUUUAUAUCUAAGAAACACAUUUGACUUACAUUAUGUUUUCAAUAUUUUAAUUUUGACAGAUGGGGUGCAGCCGACAGGGCAUGUGGUUAUCUAAAUAUAUAUAUACAUAUAAAACCAGAAUAAACAAAAAGACCUGCAGUCAUUUUUCAGGCCCACCUCCGGCGGCUGAUCUAAUCUAAUAGCGGCACACGUUGCAUAAAAAAAAAAGAAAGAAAAAAAAAAGUCAGCUCGACGCGCCUGGUGGCUUUACGCAAAUGCCAGAUUGCGUGCGCAUGUUUGUGCAAUCUGCUGUUCUGCUGACGUUAACAGGAGACUGGCAUUGUACUCGUCCCUGCAUGGAAUAUGAUACAGCGGGGAAGGAGAGGGGAACAGUGAGGCAGCAUGUGAGAGCUGGAUGGACCGCGAAACAGGGGAGCAAAGGGAGGCAGCCAGGCUAUAAAUAGACACGGCGUGAAAAUCUGAAAUUCAGCUGUGCUCACCGUGGGUUUAUUUGAGAAGCAAACAAAAGUGGCGUUCGCGUGGAGCAUCUGUGGACGGAACGAGUUAAAGAAUCAGCCUCCGGUCCAAUCAGGGCUUCCCUCACCUCAUUUAUCUGUUCAUAUGUCUGUGUGUAGCAGUGAAAAGCAUCCGUGCAUGUGCACAUUUUUCUAGUCACAUUUUUCUGUUGCAUUUGCACACUUUGGCCUCCAUGAGUUGUUCAUGUGCACACCUGAGUGUUGUGAUUGCUGUUCUAACUGAUGUCGUGUUAGGCUUAGCUUACCGCCUUGUUGGUUCUGCAUGGGACUUCCGGUGCAACACAAGUUCUCCCACACGGACACACAACAGCCAAACGGAAAGUUUGGUCCUGGUUCCUCAGUAGGAAUAAUCUUUGGAAAUAAAUGCAAGCAAACCAGUUUUGUAUCGUUGUUAUACUUUAUGCUACUGUUCUGGCAUCCAAAGGGCUUAAAUUGGACUUAUUGGACCUGUACAUUUAAAUCAGUUUCAGCAAAAGCCUUGGAAAAUGCAACAACAACAAAAAACAACCUUCAGUAACAAAGAUAGGUAUUAGCUAGUCUAACAUCUAUAACUAUCUCACACAAUAGGAAUGAAUAAAAGGUUUGAGAUGUUUUUUAAAUGAGUUAAAACUGUCAAGACAAUGUAGGAAUAAAGGAAGAUCACUAAACAGUCAAGGAGUCUAGAAAGAGAGAUCCUCCUUAGUUUUACAACCUAACAGUUGGCUAAAUAUUUUUAAAGACCGCAAACUCUGUUUUAUGGACCACAGUGCAGUUCUUAUUGAAAGCAAGGCUAAAGUUUGUUCAUAUAAGAUGAGGUUCGAGAAAUAAAAUAAAAACCCAACUACAGGAAAGCGUAGUGGAGGUUCUAUCAUGCCACAGGAUAUUUGAAAAGUGAUUGAAUUAACUUUGUUGUAGUUUCACAGUGUAAACAAAGACAUACAACAGAAAAAAAGGAAGAGAAUUUAUAUCGGAUCUUCAGUAGAUUUGUGUAAAAAACUAUAAAUUCCAAAAACCCACGCAAAAUCGAUCAAGAAAAUUUUAGAAAGUUAGCGUAGCAGUGUGGUGGAUUUGACUUUGAAAUUGCGGGACCAAUGUGAAAAUAUUGAUAUGGAGGGUUUGAUAAGAAUGUUCAGAGUCUUUGUUCUGCACUUUUUCUGAUCUCGGACAAAAGGUAGGGAACAAUCCAGUGGCAUCCUCAGCUCCCCUCACUAUUCUCUGCAGGACCCUCAUUUUAACCUAAUUUUUAAAAAUGUUUUUGAUGUUUCAUACCUCUGUUCUAACAUCUAAAGCCUUAAAUUUCCCCUUGGAUCAAAUUGUCUAUAAAUGCAGAACAAGAUUUCUAUUACGAUUAUAGAUUUGUUUUACUAAUACAAUAUUUCACAAUUCUAAAUGCAAUGGAAAAUGUAACAUACUGUGGAACGAUUUGGCAUUUAAAAAUAGGUGAAGGACAUUGUUAAUUCAUUGUCUUGCUGCUGUCUGACUAAAAAUUUGAAUUUGAAUCAGAUUACAGUGAAACAAUCUUACUUUAUAAUGUCAUCGAUGGCUUCAGUUCAACAUGGCCCUCUUUUUCCUAGACGUUCAGCAGGGACAGUCCAAUGAUCUUCUCGGUUCCUCUCACUGUUUUCUGCAGGGCCGUGCUUGUCGCCAUCUUGCAGACAGGAGUACGACGCCAAAAUGGCUCCUGGCAAAACACCAUAACCCACAGCUUUGUGUAUGUUUGUGUGACCAGCAGUCAGAAAAUUAGAAACUUCUCAGCCACUGACAGAAAAAUGGUUCAGAACUCAAAAUGGUUGAAGAGAAAUCAAUUUAAUUGUUCAACGAGACAACGAUGACGACAAACAUUCCCCUCCAGUAAAGCUCAAAUCUGAAAUAUGUAAAUAUGUUAAAUGUGCUUUGAAAAAGUGCUACAAACCCACAGACAGAGCAAAAGCAAUAGCACAGUUCUUAGUUUGAAUAAAGUUAACUUUUUCACUAAAGCAGGCUAAAGAUACAAAACUGGUUCGUUUACGUAGAGAUUAUGUUUAAACUUUUGACCAGCGUUUAAAAACAGGUGCCAAGAAGCAAAAACACACACUUUCACACUGCUGGAAACAUUUUCUUCCACUUAUUUUCUUUUGCAUCAUUUCCUCGCUUUGCCCAACAUGCCCAGUUCAUGAAAAUCUGCCCUGCUGAAGCAGGAACUCGUCUCACGCUCGUCCCACUCGUUUUGUGUGUGUGUGAUAAAAACUGACCCUGCUCAAAUCGGAUUGUAGAUAGCUGUAAAUAAUGUUAAAACAAUAUAAUAUUUCCAAGAUGGGAGAGGAAAAUUAUAUGAUUUCUAUUUGGAUGGGAAAGUAGAGCCGCCUGACUUUUCUUUUUGCUGUCCAGUCAUGGAUUUAAUGUUCCCACUAGGCAAAUCUUUGAAAAGAAAAAAUCUACAGACACAUAAAAUGUUCAAUGUGGAUUAGGAGAUUACAUACAGCAGCUAAUAGUAAUAGAUCUCAUGAAAUUAAACAACAAACAUGGAGCAGUCUUGUGAAGUUUAUUUCGUGGUUCUGAUUAAACUAGAUUUAGUACAAUAAACUCUUAAUAUUA